CCGCAUCUAAUACCGCUACGCUUUCUUGACCUGGUCGUCCAUGCUAUCGUUCUCUUCAGUUCAUUGAAUUCUUUAAAGGCAGGCGUUUGGUGUAUAUUGUUUCUUCAGCGCUGGUUUUCGCUUUUUAUUACUUGCCGGGCAAGGUUUUUUUAUUGACCUCUACCAUCAUUUCCAAUGGCGUUGAACGCUCCAAUUUCUCAGGCGCUCAGCACAUCAGACGCUGAUAGAGAAUCGUCACCACCUCAGGCAGGUCCUUUGCCGUUGAAACGUGGAGAAAUCGGGUACAGGGAGGAAACUACAGUACCCGCUGAGCAGCAAACUGCUGAGUCUUCAACUUCUUCACCUGCUCCUGAUUCCCAAGCCUCGGAAACAGCGGGCUCUACAUCUCCACCAUCUUCCUCUGCUGCCCCACAGACAACCUCAUCUACAGCCUCCAGUAACACACCCUCAGAUCAUCCGUGUGCGAAGAAACUUAUUGCGUCACUAUUCAAAUCAGAAAAAGUCCCUUCGUAUGGAGGCAUAUGUCUAUCGACCUUGCUGAUAUUUACCCUCCAAUUCUUGAUCAUCGCUGUAACUGUGGUAGGAUGGGUUUUGUCUGUGCAGCAUAUCAGCACGACGAAUGCGACAAUGUCAGUCGAAGGCAGUUCGGGACAACAGAGCGUUCUACCGUCCAGUACCACUGUCGUCUACGUCCACAUCAUCUUUGCCAUCAUGGUCCUUGUCCAGCUGAUAUUCCUCGAACGCCGGAUAUUCCGCAUGCGCGCCGAGCGGUUCGUUCACUUACAUCCUGGAGCUAUCUUGCCCACGUCCCGCAACUUUUCGUCGUCGUCUCGCAAUAUGGGAAUCGUUCCGUGGAAUCGAGCACCUUUACCGACAUAUGCUGCUGCAAUUGCUCAAAGUGGACAUGGGACUGGAGAUGUGGAGGAUAAUAUUAUUGCUGUUCCACCUCCGCCGGCCUAUGGCAACACGAGGGGUAGCAGGCUGUUGCUCGCUGGAUAUUUGAGGAAUAGUCUCAGGGCGCAGCGCCCUGUCUCCAUUCGUAGCAAUGCGAGCGAACUAGAGGAAAGGCCUCACAGUUACGUAAGCAGUGAUGAAGAGUGGGAAGUUAUACGCAAUGCAGAAGCUGCUAGGAAACUUGAGGAGACCUUGUCGAAGGAAGGGGACGAUGAUGACAGUAGAGUUACGAGUGACAUUGAUGCUACGGCAGUAGGCACAGCGGUUUGAAGUAUGUCUAUGCAUUAGUGGAUUUGUGCUGUGUCCUCCCGACGCUGGUCUGUAUAGCUAUUUAUGGAUGUUUCUAUUGUUCAUAGGGCGUCAUUUUCUUUUUGCUCUUUUGCUUUAGUUUUUUUUCGUUUUUCGUUUUCACAAUUUAUCUGUAUCCUUACAUCCCAGGAUCAAGGUGAACCAAAA